CUGAAACAUUACAAAAACAAACUCGAGCAGAUCUUGUUACAAUGCGUAGUGUACGGCGACCACAAAAAAAUCCAAUAGAUUUAAAUAUGACUUUUGAAUCACGAAAACGUAUUUAUCAAAUAAAUAAACGUAUGUAUGGUUAUCAAUUAUGUCAUCGUAAAUGUGCUUUACAAUAUAAUUCACAAUUUGAUCGACCACAACAAAUAGAUGCAACUGAUGAUGAUGAAAAUUUACUUAUUGAAAUGAAUGAAAAUACUCGACGAAGAUAUGAAGAUAGACAUCAAUCGGAUAAAGCUUUUGUUUAA